AUGGAGCGCUCCCCGCCCGACGGACCGCUGAACGCGUCGGGGGCGCUGGCAAGCGAGGCGGCGGCGGCGGGCGGAGCGCGCGGCUUCUCCGCCGCCUGGACCGCGGUGCUGGCGGCGCUCAUGGCGCUGCUCAUCGUGGCCACGGUGCUGGGCAACGCGCUGGUCAUGCUCGCCUUCGUGGCCGAUUCGAGCCUCCGCACGCAGAACAACUUCUUUCUGCUCAACCUCGCCAUCUCCGACUUCCUCGUGGGGGCCUUCUGCAUCCCCCUGUACGUGCCCUACGUGCUGACUGGCCGCUGGCCCUUUGGCCGGGGCCUCUGCAAGCUGUGGCUGGUGGCGGACUACCUGCUCUGUGCCUCCUCUGUCUUCAGUAUCGUGCUCAUCAGCUAUGACCGCUUCCUGUCGGUCACCCGAGCCGUCUCCUACCGGGCCCAGCAGGGCGACACGCGGCGGGCAGUGAGGAAGAUGGUGCUGGUGUGGGUGCUGGCCUUCCUGCUCUACGGACCCGCCAUCCUCAGCUGGGAGUACCUGUCGGGGGGCAGCUCCAUCCCCGAGGGCCACUGCUACGCCGAGUUCUUCUACAACUGGUACUUCCUCAUCACGGCCUCCACCCUCGAGUUCUUCACGCCCUUCCUCAGCGUCACCUUCUUCAACCUCAGCAUCUGCCUGAACAUCCAGAGACGCACCCGUGUCCGGCUGGAUGGGGCACGCGAGGCGGCUGCCUCGGAGCUUUCCCCCGAGGCCCGGCCCUCCCCGCCGCCGGCCGCGCCCAGCUGCUGGGAUUGCUGGCAGAAGGGGCGUGGGGAGGCCGUGCCGCUGCACAGGCGCGGGGUGCGGGGCGGCGAGGCAGCCCCAGGCACGGGGGCCGAGGCUGGGGACGCGGCCCUCGGGGGGGGCAGCGGUGGAGGUGCCGCGGCCUCGCCCACCUCCAGCUCUGGCAGCUCCUCGAGGGGCACCGAGCGGCCGCGCUCACUCAAGCGGGGCUCCAAGCCAUCCACAUCCUCGGCGUCCCUGGAGAAGCGCAUGAAGAUGGUGUCCCAGAGCAUCGCCCAGCGCUUCCGGCUGUCGCGGGACAAGAAGGUGGCCAAGUCGCUGGCCAUCAUCGUGAGCAUCUUUGGGCUCUGCUGGGCCCCAUACACACUCCUGAUGAUCAUCCGGGCCGCCUGCCACGGCCCCUGCGUCCCCGACUACUGGUACGAGACGUCCUUCUGGCUGCUGUGGGCCAACUCGGCCGUCAACCCUGUCCUCUACCCGCUGUGCCACCACAGCUUCCGCCGGGCCUUUACCAAGCUGUUCUGCCCGCAGAAGCUCAAGAUGCAGCCCCCCAGCUCCCUGGAGCACUGCUGGAAGUGA